UAUUUGUGUACCUAUUUACUGUUAGGUGAAUAAGAACAGCAGAUGUCUUAAGGAAACACCCAGUGUUCUCACCCUUACCGGGGAUCGAACCACGGACACUUGCAUUAAAAAAUAUAUAAUAAUUUUUUGAUUGACUUUAGUCUGUUUGUGUGGGAGUCUUCUCUGCUAAAAUUUUCUCGCAGUGUUAAGCCCUAUUAAAGGCCCUUUAUUCCUUGAAAUUCCAUGAGCAUCGUCAAGAAAAGCUAAAGCAGCUGGGCUUUAUGAACUUUCACAUGCUUCAAUAUGUACCGUAGCACAAUGUGUCCCGUAGCUGGAUUACUAGCGCACUCAGGUCCGGAGUUCGAAUCGCGAUACGGUUGAAAAACAUUAGGGACGUGUUUUUAUGAGACAGACACCUGCUGUCCCUGUUCACCCAUCAGUAAAAUGGGUACCUGGAUGUUAGUCGACUGGUGUGGGUUACAUCCUAGGACAAAACUGACCUAAUUUGCCCGAAAUGCUCUGCAUAACAAGGGGCUGUCUUUAUAGUAGUAUGUCAUUGAUGUCAGCUAGGCCUGUAUACCUUGUACAUGUACUUGUAGAAAUAGAUAUAUUAUUAUUAGUAAUAGUAUUAUGUUCAAUCUUCGGUGCACUACUUGCUGCUGCCUUUUCAGUCUGGAUCUGGAGGAAUUUUACCCUUCAGUGGAUGAGAAGUGUAAUUGAAUAUUAGCCCAUAUCUCCUACACCUUGUUCAUGUGUAUGGUUGACAAGAGACUUGCCUGUACUCUUAUUGACAUUGUGUAAAGAAGACAAAUGGGCUUCUGCGCCAUCCUUCUUCGAAUGUGGACAUCUUGCUCUCGCUUGAGCAUCAGUGGCAUAUUUCCCCCAUUCUCUAUGGGACGCUUGUCCUUUAUUUUGCCUACCAGGCACAUUACAGGAUGGGCACCGGUAAUUUAGCCAGCCCCAUUUUUCCACUCCGCGGAUAAUUCUUGAACGAUUUUGUUGGGAAGCCGGUUACUGAACUUGUGGCGUUGUGGGCGUCCCACUCUGCUGGUGCUUGGCCAGGUGGUCCACCUGAUCUAAUCGCGAACUUUUAGUUCCUGUUGCUAUUUACGUAGGAGCUCUCGUUCCUUUUUCUUUCAUAGCCCAGUUUUGGGCAACAAAUCUUCCCCGAACGUCGGGAAGUCGGGCUUGAUACAGCGUAGCUGUUAGUGGCCCUGAUAAACCCAACAAUAACAACAAAAAGAAGACAGACAGACUUAAAAAUGUUGCCAGGAUUAUGUCUGGGAAGAACUGUAAGGCACUUGAGGGUCCUGGGGAGGGCAUGGAAGAGGUGGCAGCCCAGGCUGGAAGGUGACAGCAGUGCGUGUGCAACACUGCCCUUUACGAUGCCCAAGAGAUACCUCGUCACCUCCUUCGACCCUUCCCAUGGUCUCACAGAUGAACAAAUAGCUAUCCAGAAGCUUGCAAUAAAUUUUGCUAGAAAUGAAAUGCUACCUAAUAUGGCAAUAUGGGAUGAAAAGGAAUUGUUUCCAGUAGACACAAUGCGAGCUGCUGCUGCUCUUGGUUUUGGAGCCGUAUAUGCUAGCGAAGAGUUUGGGGGUACAGGACUGAGCCGCCUGGAUGCAUCUAUCAUAUUCGAAGCUCUCUCACAAGGGUGUACUUCCACCACAGCUUAUAUUAGUAUUCACAACAUGUGUGCUUGGAUGAUUGAUAAAUUUGGAAAUAAAUCUCAGCGAGAACAGUGGAUACCUCAGUUAGCUUCAAUGGAAAAAUUUGCUUCCUACUGUCUAACAGAACCUGGUGCAGGCUCAGAUGCUGGCUCCCUCUCAACAACUGCAAAAAAAGUUGGAGAAGAGCUCAUUCUUAAUGGUUCCAAGGCCUUCAUUAGUGGUGGAGGAGAUACAGAUGUUUACCUAGUGAUGUGUCGGACUGGAAGUGAAGGGCCCAAAGGAAUUUCUUGUGUGCUUGUGGAAAAAGGAACUCCAGGCCUCAACUUUGGCACAAAGGAAAAAAAAAUUGGCUGGAAUUCACAGCCAACUCGAAUGGUAAUUUUUGAAGAUUGUCGUGUACCAGUUAUAAAUAUUAUUGGGGAUGAAGGUCAAGGCUUCAACAUAGCAAUGAAAGGGUUGAAUGGUGGCCGCAUCAAUAUUGCUUCCUGUUCAUUAGGAGCAGCACAAGCAAGUAUUGAAGCAGCUGCUGACCAUGUUAAGGUUCGCAAGCAGUUUGGAAAACCCCUCUCAAGUUUUCAGAACAGCCAAUUCCGCCUGGCAGAGAUGUCAACUGAAUUAGUAGCAUCCCGAUUGCUAGUACGUAAUGCUGCAACAGCUCUGCAGGAUGAUCAUCCAGAUGCUGUCACCCUCUGCUCCAUGGCAAAAUAUUAUGCUACAGAAAAAUGUUUUAAUAUCAUCAAUGAGGCUCUACAGCUUCAUGGAGGAUAUGGUUACUUGAAAGACUACAGUGUUCAGCAGUACUUAAGGGAUUCACGUGUUCACAUGAUAUUAGAAGGAACUAACGAAGUCAUGCGAAUUUUAAUUGCACGACAUAUUCUUGCCGACUGAAGAUAAAUGUAAAUAAUAAACUACAUAGCAAAAUUUGUAAUGAAAUGACCAAAUUUCUUAUUUUCAAUGUAGUACUCUUAUUAUUUGAUGCAAAAAAUGUCUAAUGGUAAAAUGGUUUAUUAUUGUAUUCAGAAAAAUGCGCUAAAUCUAUAUAUGUACAUCACUUAGUAUAUACUGUGAAACUGGUGCUUUCUAUAUGCCCCAGGAUACAUAGUCCUAAAACCAUUUAUGUGCCACUUAAUGAUUCAGUGUAUGAAUUUGUACAAUAUAAAUUUUAUAUGCCUAGACCCCCCCCUCCCCCUGAUCUGGUCUUGCCAUGAAUUUACAUAUAAUGGCCUAUCACAGCUGCCCACGAGACCCAUCUUAACAUAUGUCAAUGGAGUACACAGCACCAGUAUGGAACCCACACCUGAGGAAUCAGGUUAAAAAACUAGAGAAAGUGCAGAAUUAUACAACAAGGGGGCAUGAACUGUGAAAAGAGUCUAAAGGAAGUGAAUUUAACGACACGAGAGUACAGAAGGACCCGGGGAGAUAACACCAAACAAAAUAUUCAAAUGAAUUGAUAGGGCAGACAGGGACAUCCUGUUUGAGAGGCAGGAAACAGGUACUCAGAGUCACAGGAAUGUCAGAAACUAUUUCUUCAGUCACAGGGUGAUUGGAAAGGAAAAUGACCUUGACAAAGAAGCGGUGGAGGCAGACCACAUACAGUGUUAAGAGUAGGUACAAUAGGGCCCAUGAGGCUAGGUGGUGUGGCUAGAACCUGAGACUCAACCCCUGCAACUACAUAUAGGUGAGUACUCAAUUAUUUGAAAUUAAUUAAAACAGCUUGCCAGUACGAAAUAAACUCUAAAAAUAAUUAACAAUGACUAGCACAAUUGUGGAACAGAAUUUUUCCUCCGUAACCAUGCGUGUUGUAAGAGGCGACUAAAAUACCGGGAGUAAGGGGCUAGUAACCCCUUCUGUAUAAAUUAUUAAGUUUAAAAAGAGAAACUCUCGUUUUUCUUUUUGGGCCGCCCUGCCUCGGUGGGAUAUGGCCAGUUUGUUGAAAGAUGAUGAUGACAACUAGCACAAUUAGGAUAUCAUAUAACAAUGCAAAUACAAAUGAAAAUCUGAGCUUGUGAAAACAUUUGAUUUAUAGGUUAUGCAGUGCUUUAUGGUAUUAUCUGGCAUUUAACAAACCACUGCUCCUCAAAAGGGGUGCCCUAAUGCCAGUAAAAUGCUCUUCAUCCAAGGAAUUGAAGCUGCUCGUUUCCUUGGAUCAAAGCUGAAUGCCUCUCAUAGCCCAGGCACUAUGACCUGUGUGAGUUUAGUGCUUCAGUAAAAUAAUGACAAACCCCUAAUCUAUUUGGCAUAUUAAAAAAAAUUUAUUCAGUACUUUACUGUCAUGGUGGUAUGACAGCCACAGAUAUAAUCUUGCAAAACAAAUCUCCAGUCUUGUAAAUCAUGUAUGAAAGAUUAUGCUGUAACAAAAUUACUCUUCAUAUGGCACUUAGCAAAUUUUAUGGCUUCUCCCUUUAUAUUUUUCUAGAAUUAUUGGGUCUGUAAAACGAGUUGUGGGCAGUUGCUACCUAUUUAAAGGCCCUGAGCACCCCCCAUCCCUUCUGUAAAGGGCCUGGAUACUGCUGUAUAAUGCUCCAAGCACUACCACUGUAAAAAUCCUGAACAUUAUUGGUACACCUGUGAAACUUCCAACUGCUACCAGAACUCCAGUGAAAGACCUGAGCAAUACAGGCAAGCCUGGGAAAGGCCCUAACACUACCUCCAAUGGCAGGUCAUCAUCUAAGACCUGCAUUAGGAAACACUUGUCUUGUUUCCCCUUGUGUGUGUGCACGUGCAUGCACGCUUUGUGUGUGUGUGUGUGUAACCCAAUUAAUAUUUGCACUAAUAACUCAUUACAGUUAUGAUCGGGUGUGGACAUGUGAAUGGCUCAUUACUUUGUAAUUUGUUCAUGAUUGUAACCAUGUAUAGACGUGUAAAUGGCUCAUACCUUUGUAACUUGUCAUGAUUGUGACGAGAUCUACCUGGAGUUCAUUACCUUUGUAACUUGUUCAGCUAUCAGAACUUUGGGGCCCAGUCCCUGGACCCAUUAUGUACCUCUGUAAUCUUUUGACUACCGCUCACGGGAUGGGUAUGGGGUGCAUAAUAAAGAUAUUAAACUAA